GGGCGACAUAUAUAGCGCCAAUCUCACAUUCUGAAGGUGGAAUCAUACAAAAUGAUUGGUCGCCAUUCCCGAAAUCAUAAAGCAUAAAGCAACUGAAGCUUUAAAUUGGGACUUUCAAGGCCUGCUGUGCAGCGGGGAGAAAGACUUGUGGCUGGUUUUCCUUCAUUUGUAUCCUGUCUUGCGAUGGCAGAACCCUCCCUGCCAAAGGCCCCGGUAACAACCGCAUCCAGUGGAACUACGAAUACACCUGCCCAGGAACACGACAGCUUAAAAACUCAGACACAUGGCAAUGAACUUCCGCUGGAACAUACAGAGCUACAACCAGUCCAGGCGCUUACCUGCCAGUCAAGGCGCUCCCACUCUAAUACACAAACCAAUCAAGACCAUGGCGCGUCCUCAGCCUCCAGAGGACGAACAUGUUCAGGUUUAACCCUUGCCGUUAGGAGGUUCUGGACUCGACAAAUUGCGGUAACCGUUCCUCGUGAUGCUUGCAGGGACCAUCUAGCACUAGAGCGUACAUUCUUAGGCUAUCUGAGAACAUCUCUUGCUCUCUCCAUGAUUGGGGUAACUAUUACACAGCUUUUCCGUCUUCAACACGCCCUCGACCCGAACCCAGUUCUUGGAUACUACGUCCUUGGCAAGCCAUUAGGCUGUCUUUGUUUAGGAUCAGCCAUUGUCGUUGUCCUCAGCGGUGCAUUCCGCUGCUGGAGACAACAGAAUGCUAUGGUUCGACGCAAGAUCCUUGUAGGCGGAUGGGAGUUGAAGCUCAUUGGGACUUUGACUGCUCUGAUACUCUUAUGUGUCUUCGUUGUUCUUGUAGCAGUAGACGUGUCGAAGUUGGGAAAGCACUAGACGUGUUGUUGAUCUGGUGGAUGGUAGAAUUUCGUCUGAACCACGCUUACAAUGGCAUGAAUAUGAUACCAUGG